ACUGCAAUUGACAAAGGAACAUAGAUUAUAUUUUGAUCGAAUAAAGGCUUUCUAAAGAAUAGUAUAUUUAGCUUGAAAUAUAUAAUUAUCAAGAAAAAGUAGACAUAUUAACCUACUAUACAUGUACACACACACAUUUAACGGUAUGACACACCAUUCAUCAACGCUAUUGCCUUCCUACCAAUGACCACCACCACUGACUUCCUAACAAUAGCUGUGAUUUAUACGAGACAAUCUUUAGAUGAAUCCCUGAAAGGAUGGACAGCUAAGUCGAUCGCAGUGGAAUUUAAACUCAGAAUGUAAAGACAGACGAAAUGCCACUAAGCGUUUUGCUUGGCAUGCUAAUGAUUCUGCCAGCUCACUGUUUUAACACCAAUUAUAAUUGAAAAUCAAUUAUAUGCAACACAAAUUCAAAUUAAAACAGUCUGAAAGGAUUGAUUUUCGUAACAAUAUGGAGCAAGAGACAGAAGAAACGUAUAGACACAGUGAUAUUGUUAACAUUUCAAUUAAAAAAAAUGAAACAUCAAUUGAAAUUAACACUGAGUCUGAAAGGAUUGAUUUUCCUAGUAAGACACUGCAAGAGAAAGGAGAAGCAUCUACGCACAGUGAUAACUUUAGUAUGUCAAUCUCUCAAGCAAGUCCCAGAACUGCUCACACUACUAUAUAUACAGGAGAGAAACCAUAUCAUUGUGAUGUCUGUGGUAAAUCAUUCUCUAAAGUGUAUGCCCUAACUAAACACAUACGUGUGCACACAGGUGAGAAACCAUAUCGCUGUGAUGUCUGUGGUAAAUUGUCCUCUACAAAGAGUGGCUUAGAUGUACACAAGCGCAUUCACACAGGUGAGAAACCAUAUCAAUGUGAUGUUUGUGGGAGAUCGUUUUCUGGAAGAAGUAAUUUAACAAAACACAAACAUAUUCAUACAGGAAAGAAGCCAUAUCCCUGUGAUAUUUGUAGCAAAUCAUUCACCGAAAGAAAUGCCUUAACUGUACACAAAAGCACUCAUACAGGGGAGAAGCCAUUUCAGUGUGAAAUUUGUGGUAAAUCAUUCUCUCAUGUUGAUCUCUUAACUAUGCAUAAAAGCAUUCAUACAGGGGAAACACCAUAUCAUUGUGAUAUUUGUGGUAAAUUAUUCUCUCGAAGUGGUGAUUUAACUACUCACAUACGUGUUCAUACAGGAGAGAAACCACAUCACUGCGAUAUCUGUGGUAAAACAUUCUCUCAUAGUAAUGCCUUAACUAUACACAAACGCAUGCAUACGGGAGAGAAACCAUAUUCUUGUGAUAUUUGUGGUAAAUCAUUCACUUCAAAGAGUAAAGUAACAGUACACAAACGCAUUCAUACAGGAGAGAAACCAUAUCACUGUGAUAUCUGUGGUAAAUCAUUCUCUCAAAGUAGUGACUUAACUACUCACAAAUAUAUUCAUACUGGUGACACACCAUAUCACUGUGAUAUCUGUGGUAAAUCAUUCUCUAGAAGAGGACACUUAACUACUCACAAAUAUAUUCAUACUGGGGGAAAACCUUAUCUCUGUGAUGUGUGUGGUAAAGCUUUUGCCUUACGUAGUGAUUUAACUAUACAUAUACGUACUCACACAGGAGAAAAACCAUAUCACUGUGACAUUUGUCCUAAAUCAUUCUCUCAAAGUAGUGACUUAAAUACACACAAACGCAUUCAUACUGGGGAGAGGCCAUAUCCCUGUGAUAUCUGUGGUAAAUCAUUCUGUCGAAAAAAUGUUUUAACUACACAUGAACGAAUUCAUACAGGAGAGAAGCCAUAUCAUUGUGAUAUCUGUGGUAAAUCAUUCUCUCAUCGAAAUGUCUUAUCUUCACACAAACGUAUUCAUGCAGGACAGAAGUCAUAUAGCUGUGACAUCUGUGGUAAAUCAUUCUCUCAUGCAGGAACCUUAACUAGUCACGAACAUAUUCAUUCUGAAGAGAAGCAUUAUCCAUGUGAUAAAUGUAGUAAAUCAUUCACUGAUAGGAAUGCCUUAACUAUACACAAAUUCAUUCAUAGGAACGAGAAGCCAUAUCGUUGUGAUAUCUGUGGUAAAUUAUUUUUAGAAAACCGUAACUUAACUACCCAUAUAUGUACUCAUACAAGGGAGAAGCCAUAUCACUGUGAUAUUUGUGGUAAAUCAUUUUCUGGAAGGAGUAACUUAACUACUCACAAGCGUAUACAUACAGGUGAGAAGCCAUAUCGCUGUGAUGUUUGCGGUGACAAGUUUGCUCGAAGAGAUGUCUUAACUACACAUGAACGAAUUCAUACUGGAGAGAAGCCAUAUCAUUGUGAUAUCUGUGGUAAAUCAUUCUCUCAUAGAAAUGUCUUAAAUAAUCACAAGCAUAUUCAUGCAACAGAGAUACCAUAUAGUUGUAAUAUCAGUGAUAAAUCAUCCUCUCAAACAGAAACCAUAACUACUCAGAACCAUACUCAUACAGAACAAGAACAAUAUCAAUGUGAUAUUUGUGGUAAAUCAUUCCAUAGAAGUAGUUACUUAAUUUCUCAUAAACGUAUUCAUACUGGAGAGAAACCAUUUCAGUGUGAUAUUUGUAGUAAAUCAUUCACUCGCAAACAUAUCUUAACUAUGCAUAAAAAUAUUCAUACAGGGAAGAAACCUUAUGAUUGUAAUAUCUGUGGUAAACCAUUCUCUCGAACAGGUGAUUUAACUAAACAUAAACGUAUUCAUACAGGAGAGAAACCACAUCACUGCGAUAUCUGUGGUAAACCAUUCUCUCAUAGUAAUGCCCUAACGAUACACAAACGCAUGCAUACAGGAGAGAGACCAUAUUCUUGUGAUAUUUGUAGUAAAUCGUUCACUUCAAAGAGUAAAUUAACUGUACACAAACGCAUUCAUACAGGAGAGAAACCGUAUCAUUGUGAUAUCUGUGGGAAAUCAUUCUCUCAAAGCAGUGACUUAACUACUCACAAAUUUAUUCAUACAGGUGACACACCAUAUCACUGUGAUGUCUGUGGUAAAUCAUUUUCUAGAAGGGGUCACUUAACUACUCACAAGUAUAUUCAUACUGGAGGGAAACCAUAUCUCUGUGAUAUCUGUGGUAAAUCAUUUGCGCUAAGUAGUGAGUUAGCUAAACAUAUGCGUACUCACACAGGAGAAAAGCCAUAUCCCUGUGAUAUUUGCGGUAAAUCAUUCUCUCGAAGUAGUUACUUGAUAACACAUAAACGCAUUCAUACUGGAGAGAAACCAUAUGCCUGUGAUAUCUGUGGUAAAUCAUUCUCUCAGGGAAGUAGCUUAACAACUCAUAAGCAAAUUCAUACAGGAGAGAAACAACUCAAUGUAAGUAGUGGUGAGAGAAGAAUUAUGGAAAAUGAAUUCCAUGAGACACCAAUUGUAGUUAAAAAUGAAUUAUGUGAGACACCGAUUAUAAUCAAAAAUGAAGUAUGUGAGACACCAUUUAAAAUUAAAACAGAGUCCGAAAGAAUUGAUUUUCCAGAUGAUCCUCUGCAAAAGACAAGAGAAACAUCUUGCCAUAAUGAUAUCUUUGGCAUAUCAAUCUCUCAAACAAAUCCUAUAACUGCUCACAGUACUAUCCAUACAGGAGACAAGCCAUAUCAUUGUCAUAUCUGUGGUAAGUUAUUCUCUAACAAAAGUGCCCUAACUGUUCACAAACGCACACAUACAGGAGAGAAGCCAUAUCAUUGUGAUAUCUGUGGCAAGUCAUUCUCUAACAAAACUCCCUUGACCGUACAUAAACGCACUCAUACUGGAGAGAAGCCAUAUCACUGUGAAGUCUGUGGUAAAUCGUUUUCCACAAAAGGACACUUAACUUCACAUAAAAUCAUUCAUACAGGAGAAAAACCAUAUCAUUGUGAUGUUUGUAGUAAAUCUUUCUGUACAACAAGUCACUUAACUGCACAUAAACUCAUUCACACAGGAGAGAAGCCAUAUGACUGUGAUAUCUGUGGCAAAUCAUUCUCUGCAACAGCUGAUAUAACAAGACACAAAAUUAUUCACACAGGAGAGAAGCCAUAUCACUGUGAAGUCUGUGGGAAAUCCUUCUCUCAAAAAAUUCACUUGACAUUUCAUGAGAGCAUUCACACAGGGGUAAGACCAUAUUCUUGUAAUUUCUGUGGUAAAUCAUUCUCUCGAAAUCAAGAUUUAACUAAACACAAACGCAUUCAUACUGGAGAAAAACCAUUUCACUGCGAUAUCUGUGGUAAAUCCUACUCUACAAGUAGUGAUUUGAAUAAACACAAGCGUGUUCAUACUGGGGAGAAGCCAUAUCACUGUGAUAUAUGUGGUAAAUCAUUCUCUGGAAGUAGCAAUUUAAAUACUCACAAACGUAUACAUACAGGUGAGAAACCUCAUCGCUGUGAUAUCUGUGGUAAAUCAUUCUCUGGAACAGGAUCUUUAAAUGUACAUACACGUAUUCAUACGGGGGAAAGGCCCUAUCGCUGUGAUAUCUGUGGUAAAUCAUUUUCUGGAACAGGAACUCUAACUAUUCACAAACGUAUUCAUACAGGUGAGAAGCCAUAUUCAUGUACUAUUUGCAAUAAAUCAUUCACUGAUAGAAAUGCCAUAACUCAACACACAAGGAUUCAUACUGGAGAAAAACCAUUUCAUUGUGAAAGCUGUGGUAAAUUUUUCACUACUAGUAGUAGCUUAAAUAAACACAAACGCAUUCAUACAGGAGAUAAUUUAUAUCACUGUUAUAUCUGUGGUAAAUCAUUCUCACAUAGAAAUGCCUUGACUAUACACAAACGGAGUCAUAAAGCUGAGAAGCCAUAUCAUUGUGACAUCUGUGGUAAAUUAUUUUUACAAAGUCGUAACUUAACUAUCCACAUACGUACGCAUACAGGAGAAAAGCCAUAUCACUGUGAUAUUUGUGGUAAAUCAUUCACUGCAAGAAGUAAUUUAACUACUCACAAACGAAUUCAUACAGGCAAGAAGCCACAUUGCUGUGAUGUGUGUGGUAAGUCAUUCUCCCGUAGAGAUGUCUUAACUACACACCAACGAAUUCAUACAGGAGAGAAGCCAUAUCAUUGUGAUAUCUGUAGUAAAUCAUUCUCUCGGAAAAAUGUCUUAACUAAUCACAAACGAAUUCAUACAGUGGGCAGGCAAUAUCACUGCAAUAUCUGUGGUGAGUCAUUCUCUGGAAAUAAUGACUUUACUACUCACAAACUUAUUCAUACAGGCAAGAAGCCACAUUCAUGCACUAUUUGUGAUAAAUCAUUCACUAAUAGAAGUCUCUUAACUAAUCACAAACGAAGUCAUAAUGGAGAGAAGCCAUAUUGUGAUAUCUGUGGUAAAUCAUUUUCUACAAGUGGUAGCUUACAUAUACACAAGCGCACUCAUACAGGAGAGAAGCCAUAUCACUGUGAUGUGUGUGGUAAAUCUUUCUCUUUUAGUGGUAAUUUAACAAAACACAAAUUUAUUCAUACAGGAGACAAGCCAUAUCCAUGUGAUGUGUGUGAUAAAUCAUUCUGUCAUAGAGCUGCCUUAGUUAUACAUAAAUGUGUUCAUACAGGUGAGAAGCCCUAUCACUGUGAUAUUUGUGGUAAAUCAUUCUCCCGAACUGGUGAUUUAACUAAGCACAAACGCAUUCAUACUGGGGAGAAACCACAUCAUUGUGAUAUCUGUGGUAAAUCCUUCUCUCAUAGUAAUGCUUUAAUUAUACACAGACGCACACAUACUGGAGAGAAACCAUAUGCUUGUGAUAUUUGUGGUAAAUCAUUCAUUUCAAAUUGUAAAUUAACUAUACAUGUACGCAUUCAUACAGGAGAGAAGCCAUAUCACUGUGAUAUCUGUGGUAGAUCAUUUUGUAAAAGUAGUGACUUAACUACUCACAAAUUUAUUCACACAGGAGACACACCAUAUCACUGUGAUAUCUGUGGUAAAUCAUUUGCUAGAAGAGGUCACUUAACUACUCACAAAUAUGUUCAUACUGGAGGGAAACCAUAUCUCUGUGACAGCUGUGGCAAAUCAUUUGCUCUAGCAAGUCUAUUAAGUAAACAUAUGCGUACCCAUACAGGCGAAAAGCCAUAUCACUGUGAUAUCUGUAGUAAAUCAUUUUCUCGAAGUAGUUACUUGGUAACACACAAAUGCAUUCCUACUGGAGAGAAAUCAUAAGAUUGUGUUCUCUGUGGGGUAUCAUUCUCUCGAAUUUGUGACAUAAUUCAUAAAUAUAUUCAUAUAGGAGACCAGCCUUAACCCUGUGCAAUGAAUGGCAAAUAAUUCUCUCAAAAGUAUCACUGAAUUAUUCAUAUGAAAGACUAAUAUUUUGAUGUAAAAUGUUAUAAGAUAUGUAACUAUAAUAUAAAUGUAUUGGAAAAAGUAAGAAAGUACAGUAGUGUGAUAACCACCAAUAAUUAUGUGAUACAUAACCAGAAAUAAGUACAUUAAUGAGAUAAAUUGUCAAUAAAAGCAUUCUUUCAAAAUA